CUUAGCUUGUUCUCCAUUUUAAAAAAAAGCUUUUCUCCAUUUACAAUAUUUAAACAGAUCAUUGAAAAUGACCCCCGGAGUUUCCAGUUAUCAGUACACUGAAGGUCCUCAGUCCAUCUCCUUUUCUGGAUCAGGGUUCCUGGCCACCUACCAGUUAGGCGUCGCCCAGUGCUUCCUACAUUAUGCACCCUGGAUACUUCACUCCGCACCUAGCAUCCUUGGCUCAUCUGCUGGUUCUCUGGUAGCAGCUGCUGUGGUUUGUGAAAUGAAUCUAAUUACCAUUCGGGAUGAGAUGAUUCAUUUUGCCAAGGAAGUGAAGUCUUUUACCCUUGGACCACUGAACCCCUCAAUCAAGCUUUUUCACUGGCUGGAAUGUAUUUUAAACAAGCAUCUUCCGCCUAAUGCGCACCAACUGGCCAACGGUCGCCUUGCUGUUACCAUGACCCGUCUGACGGAUGGCGAGCAAAUUCUCAUGUCUGAUUUUGACUCCAAAGAAGAUGUAGUACAGGCACUGCUUUGUAGCUGUUUUUUGCCUGGUUACUGUGGUUUUGUACCUCCAUCAUUCAAAGGAGUAUUCUAUUUGGAUGGUGGCUUAAGCGGCAUUCAGCCUAUAGCGCCUGGAUCCUCCAGUCGCACACUGACCGUGUGCCCAUUUUCUGGAGAGAGUGACAUCUGCCCUGGCGACGCACCAUGUUGGCUGGACAUUGUAACGCAUGGUGUCACUUUAAAGGGCAAUUUGGACAACAGCUUCAGGUUCAUCAAUGCCAUUUACCCAACUUUGGAGAAUAUGGAGGAAGCCUUUCACAGUGGCUACAAAGAUGCUGUUCAUUUCCUUCAGAGUAAUGGGCCACUUAGUGUUAAUCAGAAUAUCACAUGGCUUCAUCUGGAAACCAUGAAAGAUGAAGAGGAGAAGAAGAAGCUGGAAAACGGGACGACCGAGCUGACAUCUUUUAUAGACAACGGAACCAUUCAGAUGAGCGACUCGACCACACAGGAAGCUGCACAGUAUCCUCCUCUCCAUUUUGAUACUGUGAAAAACGGCAUGUUUUGA